GCACGUCGCGCAGGGACUUUUGCUCGUUUCUUCCACUCAUCACCGCGCGCACAUACGCACCUCCAUUCUGCCUCUUGGCAAACCACACCCAUCCGCCCUCCCAUCACUGCUGUCGGUGGCCUGCCUCCGUUUUCUCCUUCUCCACGAGACGCGCUCCUUCCUCCGCGAACACGCGAGCAUCCGAGACGCAACCAUCCAAAACCCGUCAUCAGCUUGCCGCAGCACAUCGACACGAUGCCGUCGGGUCUGCAAGUCGACGGCCGCUACUACUGCAAGCCUUGCAAAUGUGCCUUUGCAGAAUGGGACACGUACUUUGAGCAUGUCAAGGUCAUGCGCGCCAAAAGAGAUCCCCGGCACAUCUGUUGCAUCCACUGCGGCCAGAGGUUCAAGACCGAGAGAGCCCAGGGCAAGCACGUCCUGGAAUGCCAUCCUCAGCCGCAGCAGUUGAAGUGUGCUGGCUGCGGUGACGGUCCGUUUGCCUCUGCCUCGGCGCUUCUCCGCCAUAUCGAAGGCAAGAAAUGCCCUCGCGUCACCUCGGCCAUGCUCAACCAAAAGGCCGAGGAAAGGACAAAGUUCACGCGCGACCUCGAGGCUAUGACCCAUCGACGCGUCCGCGGCAACUUUGCAGACUACAUCAACCCCGGCAAGCCCGGCUACUACAAGGGAGACAUUUGGGAGACUAACGACAAUGGAUCUGCGCCGGCGGCCCUGGAUGCUAGAGGCGUCUGGGAGGUCGAGCAGAUUGCGCGUGACGGGACUCUUCUCGUCGACCAUCAAAUGCAACCUUUCUCAGGACUCACAGAGCUCGAUGAAAUUGCUCGCCAAAGUGCCAAGCGAGUCGAGUCGUCUGCUGGGAGCAACGUUAAGGACGUCACCCCCUCUGACCUGUGGGAAGACACCACCAACAGCGUUGCCGGGGGCCAUGCUAAGAAUAACGCCUCCGGCUCUUUGAAAGACACUGCAAGCAACCUCGCUGACUUCCUUCGCCGCCGAGACGUUGCUUCGGAGGGCAGCAAUACUGGCUCUGCUCUCCGCGCCAAGGACAACGUCAUGGCCUGGACCGUUGAUGAUGCCGCAACCUCUCAGGCUGGCACCGAGGCACCCACGCUGCUGGGUGGCUCUGGAGUCAAGGACUGGCUUUUCGAAUCAAAGAAGCCAGACUCGGCCAAGGGGCAGUCUACAGAGACGCUGCCUUCCAGAAGAAUCGCUACAUGGAUUGACAGCGUUGCCAUUAAGCGUGGAGCCAAUGCGGCCACUUCUACCCCUACUUCGAUGAAAGAGGAGAAUUGGCUUGUCAAGCAGGACGUGUCCAGCGAUCUGCCCGGCUACUUGAGAGCGGCUUCCAAUCAAUCGGAUAGUACCUCCGAACUUAUUUCCUUGGCCGGCACGAGCACUCCCAGGCUCCCCGGAAGUCUUGGGGUCGCAGACUGGUCUCUGGCCGCCAGCGACAAGGCCGCCAGCACUUCUGGUGCUCUGAUUGAUCUUCCAAGCCAUGAGACUGCGAAAACCGACGAAACAAAGGGUGUUUGGUCUCUUGAUCCAAACGUCGUGUCGACACGCUGGCCGACUGCGGAGGAAAUGGCCUCCAUCCCUGAACAGGACCUUAAUCCCACGUAUGACUCGAAGCAUCCCCUUCACCCGGACAACCCGGCUUUCAAAAUCGAAAGGUGUCGGAACCUUUAUAACGGCUACACCUGCCCCAUGCCCUUUUGCUAUAAAGUGUUCAAUGGCGCCAAUGGAGGCAGGGCACUCAUCGGGCAUCUCCGUGGCUCCAGCCAUGGAAGCGAAAAGAUCACCUGCCCCAGGUGCCACAAGCUUUUCAAGACCAGGGCGUCGGCCCUGGCCCAUGCCGAAGCAAUCAACAGUCGCUGCAGCACUCGCCACAGCAAGGACUACGACGCGUACGUGGAUCAGCUCACGUCUGGCUUGGUCAACGUCAACCUCGAUAGAAACAUGGACGGAACCAAGAUUUACAUCACGCCUGAGUCUGCUUGGGAUGAAUACGGCGGGCCUAAGGGUGUGGUCCAGGCGUCGAAGCAGCCUGCGCACCAGAAGGUGGAGUUUUGGUGAUGACGGGGCACUAUGAAUGGUGACGAAGAAGUGUCACAAAGGGGUGUUGAGACUGGGGGUUCACCUUGCUUGUUGAUUUUGACUGUUUUUUGGCUGGCUCUUGCGGCGGAAGGACGUUGACGGGUUGUAUGGAGGACGAACUUGACAUGGGGUUAUGAGAGUAGGAUCCGAUUGUCAAGACGGAGGGAAUGGAAUGGAUGACGCAAGGCUACGGUAUGGCUGGGGGGAAAUGGAAACCAAGUAAAUCCCCACUCAAGCACGAUGAAUA